AUGGCUUCUCAAACGACCCACAACGUCACCGGCCCACCCAAAGCAACCAAAGACAAUAUCCUUGAGAUCGGUGCCGCAGCGACCCAAUCCUUCUGGCCCAUCAAAGCAAUUUGUGCUCACUUGAAUGCCUUCCAUGUCUAUGCUUCUGAUACUUCUCGUUCGGUAGAGGCUAAUCAUUAUUGCACACAUUUGAGUGCUGAUGUUAGACAAUGCUUGAUAUAUGAUGCUCCGACCAAUCCUGCGAGGUUAAUUGGGGUUGAAUAUAUGAUUACGCCGAGAUUAUACGAGACGUUGGACAGGGAGGAGAGAAAGCUUUGGCAUUCUCAUGACUUUGAGGUUCGCAGCGGCAUGCUCAUCAUGCCUAACCCCAAUGUUCCCAAUGCCGCCUGGGAGAUUGCAGAGACGGAGGAGAUGAAAGAGGUCAUUGGUUUGUAUGGGAAGACGUAUCAUUUGUGGCAGGUUGAUCGGGGUGAUACGCUGCCAUUGGGAAAGCCAGAGUUGAUGACAAGCUUCACGAAGGACGAGCAGGUGCCGUGGGACAAGGUCAAGGAUAGGGAUGAGAGGUACGGGGUGGAAACGAGCCGGAAAAAGGAAGCUAGGAAGGGGAUUGAGGGCGUAGAGAUUCAUGAGGAUGCAGAUUCGUGCUGGGAGGAGUAG